AUGGACUACAAUAAAUGGGUAGCGAUGGGUGAACGAAUGGGUUUCUCAGGUACAGAGCUGAGCGAUUAUGUGGAUAGAAAAGAAAAGGAUUACACUGAGCGUGAGGAGCGUAUGCUAAGACGACAUGAGGAAAGACGGCGUUAUGAUGAUGAACAGCGUAGGUUUGUGGCUCAAGAAGCCGAGAAGAAGCGACUAUUUGAGCUUGAACAGGCUGAGAAGAAAAGGUUAUUUGAGUUGGAACGUUUGGAAAAAGAACGAGCUUUGAAGGAACAGGAGUUGGAGAUGCUUAAAAUAAAGGCUGACGCCGGAGCUUUGGGAACGGAUAAAGGUGCUGAGCACUUGAGCAGUAAAACAUUGCGGCCAAGGCUGCCGAAAUUCGAAGAAAGAGAAGUUGAAGCCAUGGUGUUGACAACUUUGAUCUGCGACUUAGUUAUAGGAAAUAUAAAAGGGGCUUCUGAUAGACCAGACAUUAACUGGAGUAGUAGGGAUGGAGAACAGUCUCCAUCAAAAGAAACAUUGUUGCAGCUGUGGUAA